CGUGAUGUUCUGGUUUGUGCUGGUGGCAGAAUGCUAAUAGUCUCUAGUAGCUACUGGUGCAAUCUGAUUCCAAGGCCAUCUCGCAUCUUCGAUCUCAAAGUAAAAUAUCUCAUCAUGUCGGGAGCUCUGUUUCCCAGUCUGGUGUCGGGGUCCCGCGGCUCCUCUAGCAAAUUCCUGGUUGAGUUUCGGGCCGGGAAGAUGACCAUGAAGGGUAGCACGGUGACUCCAGACAAGCGCAAGGGACAAGUCUAUGUUCAGCAAACCGACGACUCCCUCAUUCAUUUCUGUUGGAAGGAUCGGACCUCUGGAAACGUGGACGAUGACCUGAUCAUCUUCCCAGAUGAUUGUGAGUUCAAGAGAGUGAACCAGUGCACAACUGGUCGGGUGUUUGUGCUGAAGUUCAAGGCUGGCUCCAAGAGACUGUUCUUCUGGAUGCAGGAGCCCAAAACUGAAAAGGAUGAGGAGUACUGUCGUAAAGUGAAUGAGUAUCUGAACAACCCUCCCAUGCCUGGGGCCCUUGGCAGUGGAGGCAACAGCGGGCAUGAACUGUCUGCUCUGGGGGGUGAGGGUGGACUGCAGAGUCUGCUCGGUAACAUGAGUCACAACCAGCUCAUGCAGCUCAUUGGACCAACUGGACUAGGUGGUCUUGGAGGUCUUGGGGCCCUGGCUGGACCAGGCCUGGCCAGCCUGCUCAGUAGUGGAGGCCCUGCAGCCGGCAACUCCUCUUCAAGUCCAUCUCAAUCUCCUGCUGUCACCCCCACCUCUACCUCUGCUGCCACCCGGCUGGGCUCCUCCCAGGUGCCAACCACACCCAUCACCCCGUCUGCCACCAGUGCAGCGUCACCCAUGGCCUCACCCACCAUCCCAGUUGCCCCCUCCAUCGCAGCCGGGGCAGCCAGCCCCACCCAGCCCAUCCAGCUGAGUGACCUGCAGAGUAUCCUAGCAACCAUGAACGUACCUGCGGCUGGGCAGGGAGUGGACCUGGCCAGUGUUGUGACCCCUGAGAUCAUGGCUCCUAUUCUGGCCAAUGCUGAGGUCCAGGAGAGGCUGCUGCCCUUUCUGCCGACAGGAGAGUCCCUGCCUCAGAGCACCGACGAGCUCCACAACACACUCACCUCUCCACAGUUUCAGCAGGCCAUGAGUCUGUUCAGCAGCGCCCUGGCGUCGGGGCAGUUGGGGCCUUUAAUGAACCAGUUUGGUCUGCCAACAGAAGCUGUGGACGCAGCUAACAAAGGAGACGUUGAGGCUUUUGCUAAAGCCAUGGAGACAGACAGCAAGUCUGACCAUGAGGAUGACGCCAAAGACAAAAAGGAUGAAGAUAUGAGUUUGGAUUAGGACCCUGUUUUAGUUCUGUUUAACUUAAUUUUAUUUAAAUGAUUUACUGGUUGUGGUGAUGUUGUUCAGAGCACUGAAGCUGUGGACCAUUUACCUCUGUACAUGUACUCAGAAUAGAGAUGUUUAAAAAAAGAAAAGGGCAUGUAAGACAGCCAAGGCUCUAUUCAAUCUCUCAUGCUUCAGCGACACAUCGAAUAGAGCUCCUAACCUCUCCUGUUCAAUGAUGACAAAUGAUUUAUGUACAUCCUCAGAGCUUGAUUCAACACAACAUGAAAUGUUUUCCCUGAUAUGUUGCGAACCAGAUUACUGCGGCUGGUUAGGACUGGUAGACCAGUGACAGCUGCAUGUGCCAAUCUGUAACCUGUAGCUUCCUGACAAAUAAAAUAAAAACUCCAGUCACAUGGUCAGAAAAAAAACAUUUGAUAAUUUAAUACUACUUUUACAAAAUUGACACCAUCCAUAAAGCACAACAUUUUCACAUUCUAAACAAAUGACAUGAGGUAAUUUAAGCAUACAUUUGCAAAACAGAGACCAAUUCACACCACAGCCGAAAUGAGCAAUUCUCCAUGUUACUGUACAAAACGUUUUCUCCAAGAUCGCACACAAUGAGAUUCACAUAACAGUAGGUCUGUCCAGAUACUAAGAUACACUAAGCAGUCUGCAAUUUUCCAUGAUUUUCACAGAUGCGGUGGAACACUCAACAGCAACAAGACAAGUGAAAGAGGGAAUAACAUCUGGAUAGGACAGAUCCUUAUUAAACUGUGGUUUUAGGCACUUCUUACUGUAUGUUGAGUGGCGUGAGCCAACACUGAUGAAAAUAAAUACACGAGAAAUACUGUAAAAUAGCUAAAUAAAUGUAACUUUAGGACAUUUCACACACAAAUAACUGCUUUCUACCUGCACUCAUUCCAGAGAUCUCCUUUUGUUUGAUAAAUCCCAUUUAUUUCAAAGAUAUUUCCUGAGAACUUAAAAAUAUGACAACUGGCUGCUGGAUGAUCCAUCACAUUGAACAAUAGGGUAAGAAUACUUAUUGCAAAUCCUAUCACUGGAUGUUGACAGAACAGCAACCAAGUAAUGAUAGGAAGUUGGAUUUAACAACAGUCACAGAAGAAAAGUCAUUUGUGGUCUAGAUCGCCACUGCCAACACGUUUCCAGCCAGCAAAUAGGCAGUGGUUUGCACAGUGAGUGUGGAUUUAAAGUGUACAAAAUUAAGUUAAAAGCAGCUACAGUGCCAACCCAAGAAGGUAAAUACAAAAACAUCAAAGCUUGUACAAAA